UCUUUGCAACACCCCUACACUAUUGUGAAAGUGCAAUCCAAAUUUCUUGUUUUUCUGUCGCUUUAUUACACGAUUAGACGCAUCAAGCAUUCGGCUAUUGAGAUAAACAUUUCUGUAUUCAUGAAGCUUCAACUGUCAGUAUUUAUUUCAACGAAUUUGUAUGUUUUGGAGGUAAAUUCAUACAUGAUAACCUACCGAAAGUGAUUGGUAUAUAUCAUGGCAGGACUACCCUCAAGAACAAUGUCACAGUCGGCAAUGAAUCUGUCGACUCCAGGGCCGAUGCAAUCUAGUGCCAUGCAAGCAACAUUUUCAGACACACAAAGUCUGCAUCAAGGUUGGGGCUUUGGUCAAAGAACUUACCCGUUCCCUGAAGGUAGUGCCGUGCCUCCCGGUCAGCCUUUCUUUGGAAGAGGACCCCCAAUUUCACCAGUUCAAGGCCCGCCGACUCCGAGUCCCUUAAGACAGAUAUCUUCAACUUCUACUUCUAGUCAAGCCAGCAGCCUAACAGUUUCAGAUCUUAAGAAUCUUGUGGAAUCUUUACAGAUAUCUCUUGCCCAUGGUGAAGUGGAACAAGCAAAACAUCUUACAUCUCUUCUUGCUCAGUAUAAGACAAAGAUAGAGAUGGUACUCAGUGAGAGUGAAGCUGAAAAGUCAGAUUUAAGGUUGCGAGUCUACGUGGAAUAUAAGGAGAAGUCGGCUGGGUGUAUCAUACUAAAGGCAGGGAUGAAGGACACAAUUGCCGAUUUGAAAAGAAGUAUGUUGUUCCAGUAUCGCCUCCCCACAAAGCUCCAACGUUGGAUCAUCGGAAAGCGUCUCCCAGCCGAUACGGAUACCCUUGAGUCUUUGGGGGUCACGUCCAGCUCAUCAGAAUCACCCGUGUUCCUGUAUAUGAUGUCUGCCAAGUUUGCUGGGAUUGACAGAGAGCAAGUUGACAGAGAGUUUAGGCGAGCAUCAGGAAUGCCUGAACCUCAUGACCCAGACAUAGAAGAUUACGAAGUUGUUGGCCGUCCAGGUGAAGAAACAGUCCAAGCUGUGCCAUCACCUGGUCCACCUGGUUCUGCUGCACAACCUCAACGGACGGGUCUACAUGCAAGAGCUGCCACAAUAUCCGGGCAUGGACAUAGCAAGGCAAUGAAUUCACCCACAGCAGAAUGGAAGAGGGGAAGUACUGGACAGAUUGAUGAAAAUGUUGCUUCAAUGGCUUUGGUACAACCUGAACCAGAGCAAACUCAGCUGAAGUGGGAAUGCCCCGGGUGCACAUUCCGAAACUUCCCAACGUGGCCAGGAUGUGAGAUGUGCAACACGGAACGCCCAACCUCAUUUAAAAUUCCGACUGGUUAUGUGCCUACACCGCGUGAAAGACAAAGAACGGCUCAAGAGAAUGUGUCGGAGUCUCAGUUUCUGGAGUCCCAGCAGCAGCAGAGGGAACGAGAACGGGCCGAGCAGACGCGCAACUACUUAGAACUUGUCGAGAUGGAUGAUCGCGACCUGAUUCGCAAUACAACCAUGAUUGAAUGUCCUGUGUGUUUUGAUAUGAUACCAGCAGGUGACGGGGUCGUAUUACGUGAAUGUCUUCAUGAAAGUUGUAGAGCUUGUCUUGCUGAUUAUGUGUUGAAUUUCGAUGGUGCACAGGUGCCCUGUCCUCAUGAAGGCUGUGAUGAGAAUCUACAGGACAGAGAGGUUAAAGCGCUCGUGACUCCUGAAGUCUUUAUGAAAUACCUACACCGCAGUGUCAGCAUCGCCGAAAAUCGCACACCGAAUAGCUUCCACUGUAAAACACCCGAUUGUCGUGGCUGGGUGAUUUACGACGACGAUGUCAACUUCUUCGAAUGUAAUGUCUGUGGCCAUCGGAAUUGUCUGACGUGUAAGGCAAUCCAUGAAGACUUGAAUUGUCAGGAAUAUCAGUUAGAGUUACAGAUGAGAGCACAGAAUGAUGAAAAUGCUAGGAAAACACAAGAUAUGUUGAUGAGCCUUUUGGCAAAGGGCGAGGCAAUGAAGUGCCCGUCUUGUUUGAUCGUGCUUCAGAAGAAAGAUGGAUGUGAUUGGAUGAGGUGUACCAUGUGCCAGACGGAGAUAUGCUGGGCGACGAGAGGGCCACGAUGGGGGCCUCGGGGUAGUGGUGAUACAAGUGGUGGAUGUGGAUGUAGAGCCAAUGGAAAGAAAUGCCACCCUACGUGCCAGAAUUGCCACUAGUGGCAGAGGUGCAGGUGGAGGUGCAUUCUAAAGACAUUAGAGGGGCUACUCAGUGAGGUUUGGGGACGGACAUAGUCCCUCUAAAACCAUUUGCCGUUGCUAUAUUGAAAAAUCAGUCCGAGUCGUCACCACAUGACAAAUGUCUAAAUAAUCUUAUAUUUCCAUAUUUGUGUGCUCUUUUCUCCAUACAUCGUUUGUGUAUACAGUGUAGUUCAAUGAGUUAAUAAAGAAUGUUUGGAGUUGAUUGUUUCGUUUGGAUAGCCUUUGGCUUUUUGAAAAAGCUUUCUGAAUUGAGGUAAAAAAAAUAGCAUCUCAUGAGGAGACAAGACCACAAUUGAUUUUAGCAGUUAAAUUGUCGAUGUUUGACCGCGACGCAUCAAAUACUGCGUGGGGUUGUGAAUCUGAAAUUUUGAUAAGAUAUUCCGGACAGUCGGGCAAGUAAAUGGUGAAAAAAAAACUGGUAGUUGACCACGGAAAUUUUUUGAUAAUCGACAAAUUAGACAGACAUUGAUAUUUCCACUCUUUUCAGCCAACUGGCAGAAAGAUCUCAAAACACGUCCCCGAUUACCAAAUUAGCAAAAUUCGAAAUUAUUUUUUUCAUCAAAUAAUUUCUUUAUAUCUGUAGACUUGCCACAACAAAUAUUUUUUCAAUACCUCUCCAAAUAUGUACUUCGAGAGUUAAAAACAUGCACUCGUCUAAUUGAUAGGCCUCCAACCUAUGAAUAUUCAUUAGUGGUCUUGUCUCUGAGAGGGCCUAAAGGCGGCAAGCUGCCAUUCGUCGGGGUGAUUGAGAUGCAUCAUUUGGGGACUGUUGUUUGACAGAUAAAUAAAGUAUUAGUCGCACGACUUACUAAAGAAGCUUUGCCCAGAAAACUUUAAACGAAUAAAUUUGUCAGCGAGUGAAGUAAAGUUAGUUCCAUCCUUUUAGUGUAGAUGGCAGCACAUCAGAGUUGUUAGGCGUGUCAUUAGAGAGCAUUUUUCUGUUAUUUUGUAGUUGCCCUGCUUUUGCUGAUCGAUUUGUCAUGAUGUCACGCCUGUAUAUUUCUGGUAUUGUACAAUUCAAGGGGUAGUUGGUGCUUAUUGCUUAUUUUGACAGCUGUUUGUUAUUAAUGUUAAUAGACUGUCCCCAAACCAUGUACCCAAGACCAGCAGGAAAGCACUAUGCCUACUUCAUAAUACCGGGAAAGUAACUCAACCAGUCGGGGUAUGCACAUCCUUUAACCAAAAGAGACGUCCCCUUCCUCCCAGGGAAAGUUAUACUUAACUUAAGCCAACCUUAUCUUUCUUGGUCUUUUAGGGUGUAAAACUACAGAAUAGGUAUGGUGUUUUCGUAAUGAUGAUCAUAUGCUGUGAUUUAUCCUAGCAGGAUAUUGUAAAUAAUUGAUGUGAAUAUGAAUCUUAUUCAUUCUGAUAUUUGAAAAUAAAA